UUCCAUUCAGUGCAGGAAAACAAUGAAAGUGACUGUGUUGAACAGUGGGGAGGACGUAAAAGAAACGGGUCCUAAGAUCUGGCCUUCACAUGCACAGCGUUACUUGUGAGAUGCGUGUCUCAGCCGGCAGCGGACACAUAAAUGUCCUUACAGAUACAGUAGCGUACAUCUGCAUCUGGAAUAUUCCUUAUUUAUGGGAGGCUGAUUUACUGUUUUCCUGCGACCAAUCCGAAAAAUGUCUUUCUUUGAAUACUUGAGGAGUGACGACAACUUUCCCCUUUACGGACUUCACCAUACUAAUCACGGAAGAUAAAGCGCGGAGCCAAACAAAGGAGAGUCGUGGAUUUAACGGUGCAAAACAGAUGAAUUUCCCGAUCGGGAUUUGCAAUUUUAAGCACCGAGCAGUUUGGGGUCUCUGCAGCGGGGACACCAAGCAAUGUUGUCUGCGAAGAUGCGUGGUUUGCUGAGGUUCAUGUCCGUGGAUGUUGCGGCUCGGUCGGGUUGCACACGGUGCCUGUGGGCGGCUGUGAUUGGACCGGACACAGACUGGGGCUGAUUGAUGUUGGACCGAGAGGAAAUGUUUUGGGGAGGACAUCAAUAUGAGUUUCUGGCGCUCUGGAAACGGGGUUUCAGUCUUCAUGAGCACGCGUAAUUACAAUGAGGACGGAGGAGAACAUGCAGGCAUAAGGACUUUUCUUUCUUGGAUUUAAAUUCAUAACAGACCACAAGUAUCUUUGCAUCAUACCAUAUUGAUUUAGCGUGUUUUGCUGCCUUUACAAACUGUUACAAGUGGAUGUGGAUGGUGUUUGUUUUUGCACUAAAGUUUUUUUGUUUUUUUUGCACUCCUCGUCACUGUCAUGCAUGGAACUUUGUGCAUCAUUUUGUCUUAUAAAAUACAAAUUUUUGGGACGCUAACAAAUAUUUUUUUGCCAAGACUUUUAUUCUCGAAUACCAGCUGAAAUUAUGGAACAUUACAACAACAUAUUCAAGGAAGGAAACAAUUAGUUGUUUAGUUUUGAAAUCUAGUAUGUCUGGCAACAUGGAAGUUAACUGGGUUUUAUAUUGUGUUUUCUUGUUGCCACUGUUCGCAGUAGGGACAGCUUUCUCGGGGGUGUUCAACGCCACAGACAGAGACAUUUUUACGGAUGAUUUACUGCAGAUCAAGCUCACACAAGACAGAGUGACUGAGCAGUUGAGAUCCCAGUCUUCUGAUCUUCAUCCCAGCCUAUAUUUUAACCAAGUGGAUGUGCAGCACUUAAGGCAAAGGUCCUCUACCACCCACAGUCACAUAUUUAAAGUCAUCCGGGCAGCCGCGUUCACCAUGUUCUCUAAUGUUCCCUUUCACAUGCCCCCUGCGAAACAUGAAGAGUUUACAAGCAAGUGGAAUGAGAUUUAUGGGAACAACCUGCCUCCCCUGGCUCUCUACUGCCUAUUGUGCCCAGAGGACACUGCUGCCCUGCAGUUUCUUAUCAAGUUUAUGGAUAGGAUGGCUGAAUAUCCAGACUGGAAGGUGAUCACUGCUCCUAAUGAUGAGGUCCCCAUGGCACACUCUCUCACUGGGUUUGCUACUGCAUACGACUUUAUUUACUCCUACCUGGAUGGACAUCGGAGGAAUGUUUACCUCAAGAAAAUCCACUCUGAGACAGAGGAGCUGUAUGAGCUCUCAAAGCACAGGGGGUGGGGGAAACAGUAUCUCCAAAAUCAUCAAACCACUAACAUAUUAGCCAUGCUGAUAGGUGCAAUAGUGGUUGGAUCACAUGAUGACCCAGAGUCAAUAAUCUGGAAACAACUGGCUGUGAACUACAUGGAGAAAACAAUGUUUCUCUUAAAUCAUGUUGUUGACGGGUCUCUGGAUGAGGGAGUGGCCUAUGGGAGUUACACAGCCAAGUCAAUCACACAAUAUGUCUUUUUAGCUCAGCGCCAUUUUAACAUUGACAACUUCCAGAACAACUGGUUGAAGCAGCAUUUUUGGUUUUAUUAUGCCACUCUGUUACCAGGAUUUCAGAGAACAGUUGGCAUUGCAGAUUCCAACUACAACUGGUUUUACGGGCCAGAGAGCCAGCUUGUGUUCCUUGACACAUUCGUCCUGAGGAAUGGAACAGGUAACUGGCUGGCUCAACAAAUUAGAAAGCACCGACCCAAGGAUGGUCCCAUGGGACACUCAUUUGCCCAGCGUUGGGCUACACUUCACACUGAAUACAUCUGGUACAACAACCACCUCACACCACAGCCUCCCCACGACUUUGGCAAAGCUAAGAUGCAUAUUUUCUCAAACUGGGGUGUGGUUACCUACGGAGCAGGGCUCCCCAAUCAGCAGGGUAAUACUUUUGUCUCCUUUAAAUCUGGCAGGCUGGGUGGCCGCGCUGUCUAUGACAUCGUCCACGAGAAACCUUACUCUUGGGUGGAUGGCUGGAACAGCUUUAACCCAGGUCAUGAGCACCCUGAUCAGAACUCUUUCACAUUUGCUCCUAAUGGACAAGUAUUUGUGUCUGAAGCACUUUAUGGUCCAAAGUACAGCUAUCUUAACAAUGUUUUGGUGUUCAGUCCGUCUCCCACAAGCCAGUGUAACAGUCCAUGGGAGGGUCAGUUGGGGGAGUGUGCUAAGUGGCUGCGCUGGACAGAUGAGGGCGUGGGUGAUGCCAGAGGGGAAGUGAUUGUUGCCUCUUCACACAGAGACACCAUGUUUGUGAGUGGGGAAGCAGUGUUGGCUUAUUCCCCUGCUAUGAGACUAAAGAGUGUGUUCAGAGCCUUGGUUCUGCUCAACUCACAGACUUUGCUGGUGCUCGACCAUGUGGAGAAGUCGGAUGAUUCACCUGUAACUUCUUUCAGUGCAUUUUUCCACAAUCUUGACAUUGACUUUAAAUAUGUCCCUUUCAGAUUCAUGGACAAGUAUAACGGGGCAAUGAUGGAUGUUUGGGACGCUCAUUAUAAAAUGUUCUGGUUUGACAGCCAGGGUCAUAGCCCUGAUACCAGGAUACAGGAGGCAGAGCAGGCAGCUGAGUUUAAAAAAAGGUGGACUCAGUAUGUCAAUGUCACUUUUCAAAUGACAGGCAAAGUCAGUAGAGUAGCUUAUGUGUUACAUGGACCUUAUGUCAAAAUGUCUAGUUGUAGAUUUAUGGAUAAUAGCAAAGACGGUGUGAGAAUUUCUUUAAACAUUAAUAACACAGAGAAGAUAGUCUCUAUUGCUACAAACUACAAAGACAUAGGAGCUAGACUGACUUAUUUAGGGUUUGGAGGUCACUGUCAAGUUGAGGAUAAAUAUCAAAUCACUCGAUAUGGCCUUGGGACGCAACUCAUCCCCAAACAAAUCAGCAAUGAUAAUCAGCUGUUUAACCUUGGGUUCACAGUCAAUGUGAUAGCAGGGAUUGUUCUCUUCGUGGCUAUAGGAUGUUUGACCACGCAGAGAAAGUUUUAUGUCUGCUUCAGCAGGCUGAUGCGUUACGCCCUCCUGUCUGCGAUCAUUCUGUGGAUAGCAGGGCUGUUGGUCGUGUCUAACAGCUGCGAUCAGCUUCUCUGUGGGGUAAAAUGGAACGGUGUGGGCACCAAAAGUGAAGUAAACAAACAAAUCAGACUGUACGAGCAGCACCGGCUCCCCCUGCCCACCAUCCUCAUAACAACUCUUCCCGGAUCAGGAUCAGAAAUACUCAAACAUCUUUUCUACAACAACUCAGACUUUGUUUACAUAAGAGUUCCAACCGAGCAUGUGGACAUUCCUGAGACUGAGUUUGAGUUUGACUCUCUGGUUGACCCCUGUGAGUGGUCAAGGUUAGAUGCCGUGCGUGGACGGUUUAAGAUUAUCCAGGGCUGGUUGCAUUCGCUAGUCCAUGACACUAAACUGCACUUGCAAAAUAUUCAGCUGGUGGAGGGCAACAGAAUUCAGUCCCAGAGAGUGGGGUCCUCUAGGGACAGGAAGAAAAGAUCUAGGCGGAGAGUGCCCGUGUCUGAGCUGAAGGGCAGACUGAGAGCCAGUUUGGACAGAGAUGCAGAGUAUGUUAGGGAGAUGAGACAACAUGUUAUGGAGUACCCCAAUGCACGGGUGGUCCUCAGCAUGCGGAGUGGGAGCUGGGGACUCAAACUGCCUUUCGUUCAGGAGGUUGUGGGACCCUCCCUCAGGACAAUCUACUUGGUGAGAGACCCUCGAGCGUGGAUUUAUCUCAUGGUUUAUAACAGCAAUCCCAGCCUUUAUGCCCUUAAAAAUAUCCCACAACACCUUUCCUUGAUAUUCAAGGAGGAUGCCAUCAGUGAUGGGUGCCCAACAGUGGCCCCAGAGUUUAAGAUAAUCCAGAGGCUUACGUCCCGUUCGGAGACAAACCCCAUUCUGAUACUGGCUCAUCUGUGGCUGGCUCACACCACAGCAGUGCUGAGGGUCAGUGAGAGCCUCCCUGAGGAGUCCAACCUCCUAGUGAAGUUUGAGGAUGUGGUCAACUACCCGCAGGAGACAGCAGAGAGCAUUCACACAUUUCUGGGGGUGCCCGUCUCACCUUCAGCGCUCAACCAACUUAUAUUCACCACCUCCACAAACUUGUACAAUCUAAUGUAUGAAGGAGACAUUUCACCAGCCAACAUUAACAUAUGGAGACAAAAAAUGCCUCGGAAAGACAUCAGGCUAAUAGACGACGUGUGUGACAGUGUGAUGAAGAGGCUGGGUUACACCAGGUUUGCCAGUUAACCUGCUGAUAUUGAACUGUCUUCUGUACUGUCUCAUCAAGUUCUGGAAAAAAAAAUUUUUCUUUUUUGGUUUUGGGUUUUUGUUUUUGUUUUUUUUUCCAUUUUGCACUGACCUUAACUUUGUGUUUGUUUGAGAUAGAUAUAUGUGAGAUGUUUGUGAAGAGAAAUAUUUGACAUUAAGAUAAGCAGAAGGGAGCUUAUCAUCCAGCUUAAAUUUUAUUGUAGCAUCAUACAACUGCUCAUUUUCUCAGAGAUUAUUUACUGUAUGUCUUUGGAAGACAUGAAAAAUGACAGUUUUCCCAUUGCUGUGAUGUCAAAGAUGUUUGUGCACAAUCAAUAUUUGUUAUUAUUGGCAUUAUUUUAUUGGGUGGUGGGCAUCAAGGGAUAUUUAUUGAUUUAGAACAGAAACGUUGUGAUGCUAAUUAAGAAGUAAAACUUGUAUUUACUGCAAUUUGUAUCUAUGAGAAGGGAAUUUCAAGGACUAAUCUGGCUGUCAUGAAUUUAAUAUCUUAAUUUUGUAUGCCAUUCCCCUUUAAAACUGAAAAAAAAAAAAUGCUGCAACGUAUUAUGUCUUGCAAAGCAGAAAAAAAGAUGAUAGUAGUGCUUUAUUGCUCUAAUAUAGACAUAUGAAUGAUAUGGAUUGUAUUUUCAUUGCAUCAGUACAGAGACUUUAUUUGAAACUCAAAGAUGUCUUGACGGUUUGGUGGUUUAGCACUUUCAUAGGGACUCAUUUGAUUGUAUGUGGGAUUGAGUGCAUUUUCCAAAGCUAAACUUUACUGUACGCACUCGAUUAGCUUGGAAAUAUAAACCCCCUGAAGAUUUAUAAACAUCUGAAGAUAUUAUGUCUAGAAGAAAGAAGUUAGAAGUAUUUAUGGGUUCCAAAGACACAUAUCCCAAAGGAUCAGGAAUGAAUAUGAUUAUUAUAACUCCCUUUGGCAUUUAUUGAAUUAGAUCAGAGGGAAGUGCUUAAUAGGGAUCAAACUGGAAAAAAAAAAAAUCUGUCAGACUUGACACAUUUCUAGUCAAAGCAAUUUCCAAAGCAUACCCCUCAGCUACUCGUAUUAAUCUGCAAAAUGCCAUAACUGAGACUUACCCUGUGUUUUAUGGGUGUGUUAUCUUCACUCUAAAGGCAAUUGGCACAAGUUUCCAUUUGCUGUCCUGGUCAAUCAGAUAUCCAUGAUCUUUUUGGGCCUUUGUUUUGAAAGCGUUCAGUGAGCCGUGUGCUGAACAGGGAAUGAAUAUUAAGUAUAGCUGAAGAAAAAAAAAUAUCAGAGACCAUUUCCACUCUGUGAUGUUAUGCUCUGGCCUGGGCAAAAAUGUAUGCUCCUCAGUAACCUUUGAUGCUGUCUUGCUUAAACAUUUCUAUACUGUAAAUGGAUCACAUGUAACAUGCAGAUGGUUCACUUAAUUAUAGACUUUCUAUUGCAUAUGUACACAAACAAAGCAUACUGUGCCCACUUGGACACAUCCAUCUUUCUUUAGCUAGAAACAGUACUGUUUGUUUUCUUCUCUACGAGCACUGAAACCCUCGACUGCCUGGAAAACCCGUUUGAUGUUUGUGGUCUUUGAAUGUGUAGACUUGGCAGACAUGCUUUUACUUUGGUGUUGCAAUCCUGUUACCAACUCUGUUUUGUAUUUGCUCGUGGGGAUAUGGUUCCUUGCUUCUGUGGCCUUGAAUUACAAUCAUUUCUUUAUAAUGGUUUUCUGUGGGCUCUGGAACAGGGGGUGGAGAUAAUAUAAAGAAAAUAAUAAAUUCAUAAAUAUGUCGACAACCAA